GGAUGUAUAUUUUAUUCUGUUUUGAAAUAAAUGAAAUUUCGAAAUAUCGUUAUAUACAGUCCUAAAGAAGGGUUCAUAAACCAUUAUCAAGUACUAGUUUCGUUGUUGACGUUCGUUUCACGAUAUUAACUUUGCAUCCAUGUGCUGUCCAUUUAAAUUCGUCUACCUAUAAUACGUAUAACAAAUAUUUAAACGUAUUGAAUAUUCAUUACUUUUGUACCACUGUGAAGUAUUUAUAAUAAAAAGAAACCAUAUUUAGAUGUACAUGAAUGUCCAACAUGACUGUUCUCAACUGGAAUAUCAUUAUUGCUGUCUGUAUAUUAAAUGAAGUUAUACCUGUGACAGCCAGUUACUGCUAUUACAGCUACUACUACUCUUACAGAUAUUGUGAUUCAUAUUAUUCUUUUCCGACUGGUGCUAUUCCUGGGAUAGUGGUUGGUUGCAUCAUCUUUGGAAUUAUAGUUUUUGUUGUUGUUAUGGUUGUAUGCAAGCAGAUGAAAACCAGUGGAAAUAGAGGCACCGUUGUGCGUCCCACCGCAACCAUAUCUACUGUCCACGCUCCACCCCAAGGACCAACAUUUCCAAAUCAGCCAGCUGGGAUGAGUUAUCCCCCACCACCAGGACAGAAUAUGGCGUACCCACCUCCCCAGGGACAGUUUGGUUACCCACAACCUCCUCCUCAGGGACAAUUUGGUUACUCACAGCCUCCUCCUCCCCCAGCUUAUGGAGGUUAUGGCGCUCCACCACCGAAGUAUUGAAUAUAUUCCUCAAUCCAUUUUCAAAUGCUUAUUUUCGGAUUAAUAUUGACAGUGUAAAGACUUGUAAUAUAAAAUUACGUGUUUCAAAUUAUUAAUCUUCUACAAACUAAUAAAAAAUUGACUAACCAUAUCA